CAUGAAGACGUAUGUUCUUUAAAAUAUUCUAAGAUGCAACGUAGUUUGAGUAUCAAGGACAGAGGCAUGAACUAUAGAAGCAAAGGUAUUUAAGCUAUCAAACGACACAUAUACCUUCAUAAUCCGAAUAAAUCUUCUGCUCAUCUUAUACUGUUUGACUUUCGUUUAGAAAACCUUCAUUAAAAGCUGUUAAAUCCAUACUUUUAGUGUGUUUUUCUCCCACGGUGCACAGUAGAAUUUCAUAAUAAGUACACCACUGGAUAGAGAAUUUUUUUCUCUACAACUCUAUGUAUGUCCUAAUCUUGGGUCAAAAAUUACUAUGAAACGUGUAGUCGCCUUUAAAAUUUUUCUUGUAGUUGUCGUGCAAGAGGAAGAUUCAUAUAAAGUACUUGUAUAUCUAGAUAUCCCAGAGUUACAACUAAAAAGAUCAUUUCGAAAUUUUUUAAAAUUUAUUCCAUCAAAUGGACAUGUAAAAGUACUCGCUUUUCACAAUCAGUAAGUGUUAGAAAAUAGAGAAAUUAUUCCUAAAAAGAAAAUUUAGAUCAUUCGUAUUUGCGAUAAAUGUUCAAACAAAAUUUGUAUUCAAUAUCAGUUGCACGCUUACCAGGAAAAAUUCGACCAAAACGUUGUUCAAUUAAGAUUUAAAAAAUUUGUUUGAAGACUAAAAUAAAAACACUACUCUGUUUAGUAUCAACGUAAUGGUUGUCGAAUUACAUUAAUUAAAUUAGAUGCAAUGUCUUGGAUGAAUAGAAUUUGUGACGAUUUUAGUCCUGGAUUGAAUAUUCAAGAAGAUGAUGAUCACAAUACACCGACACUAGCUCCUUCCAUAUUGUCUCAACCAAAACUAAAAAAGAGACCAGCACCACUACCUCCAUUCAAUAUAGUUCAUUCUGAUCUCUUUCCAUCAAUAUCAAAAAAAGGGUCAGCACCACCACUACCAUUCAAUGCAGUCCCUUCUGCUUCCUCUCCAUCGUCUCAUUCAAUACCAAAAACGAGACCAGCACCACAACCACCAUUCAAUUUAGCUCUUCUUGCUCCUUCUCUAUCAUCUCAACCAACAAUAAAAAAGGCGUCGGCACUAUCACCAUCAACUAAAUAA